UUGGCUCUGGUCAGUUUUCUUCAAGAAGUUCAACUGGUACGACGAAACGCGUUCGGCUUAGUUUUUCUAAACGGUUUAGGUCGUGUUGGGUGGAUGUUCAGUGAUUUCUAAACAUUUUUUUUCACGUUUUUGGGAAUAAAUGGCAGUUUCUACACUCAAUAUGGCACCGUAUUUCACUGGAUACCCAUUCCAAGGUCAGGGCCGUGUAAACCAACUCGGAGGUGUGUUUAUCAACGGACGUCCUUUACCGAAUCACAUCAGACUGAAAAUCGUCGAAAUGGCAGCAGCGGGCAUAAGACCCUGCGUGAUUUCAAGACAGUUAAGGGUUUCACACGGUUGUGUUUCGAAAAUUUUGAACCGUUAUCAGGAAACUGGAAGCAUAAGACCGGGAGUUAUCGGCGGUUCGAAGCCAAGAGUUGCAACGUUGGAAGUUGAGGCAAGGAUAGAACAACUCAAAAAGGAGGAACCGCAAAUUUUCUCGUGGGAAAUUAGAGACAGAUUAAUCAAGGUAAUAGCCUUCAUCACACGAAAAUACGGUUUUCCAGACAAUUCCUGUCUGUUGCAGGAGGGCAUUUGCGACAAGAAUUCGGCCCCGUCUGUGAGCUCCAUUAGCCGUUUAUUGCGCGGAGGAAGAAAAGAAGAUCCGGAUCGAAAAAACCACUCGAUCGAAGGUAUUCUUGGACCGAAUUCUUCCUGUGACGAAAGCGACACCGAAUCAGAACCGGGAAUCCCGCUAAAAAGAAAACAGCGUCGUUCCCGAACGACUUUCACCGGCGAACAACUCGAAGCUUUAGAACGAGCUUUCGGUCGUACCCAAUACCCCGAUGUUUACACCAGGGAAGAACUGGCCCAAAAAACGAAACUAACGGAAGCACGAGUUCAAGUUUGGUUUUCGAAUCGAAGGGCACGUCUCCGAAAACAACUAAAUUCGCAACAACUCAACGCUUUUAAUUCCAUGUCACUACCGUCGGCUUUUCCCGUGCAGCACCAGUACGGCGAUCCUGCCUUUAAUCAAAGCACUUGGGCGCAACAGAGCUACGCUUCGGCAGCUCUGAGCAGUGGAGCUCUUCCUCAUAGUGCCCUAACUACUGGUGGUGCAAGCACAAGUGUGGCAUCGUCAACACCCAAUACUUUAUACAACAGUUACAAUUCGGCUGCGACUUUAGAUCAAAACAACCAAUUCGGUUACAAUAUGGCCCAGGUUUCGCCGAAUCAGCAUAGCGUUUCGCCAGCGGCUCAUCAGCAGAGUGCCGUUUGGUCGAGACAAAACAAUAAAGUCGCUGAAAAUCUGAGCAGCUGGCACGAGAAUUACAGCCUUUUCGCUGGUAGCCAUUAUGGGGCCCAUUCACCCAGCGAGGCCAAAUCGGGAUACCCAUAUCUGGGCACCAUGGACAUGUGCGCAAGUCGAGUGCACUAAAAUUUUUCCCAUUUCGUCAGCUUACACCACACUGCGCUGGACUUACUACUAACAUAAGGGCUUUAUUAUUUUAGUUGUUUUUUUUGUACUUAUUUUCAGUGCCACCAUUGUACUACUAUUGUAAUCACUGUACAUACAAGUGUAUUUUAAGCGUAGUUUUAGCGAAUGAGUAGCUGUUAAUUAUACAAUAACUACUGUUUCUGUGAAUUUUAUUUAGCUGUAUUCACUUAGAGAUUAAUAAAUUUCUUGCAAUACACAG